UGAGGUCAGCAGGCAUUUAUCAGAGUUCACUCUGUGCUCGCUAAACAGGGGAAGAUGCCGACCGCUCACACUCACACACUCCGAAACUUACACACUCAGAGGACUCAGAACAGAUGACACACACACACACACACACAUGCACAUACUCACCACAGUUUACUCUCUGUCCUGGAACAACAGCAUGCAGAGCCAAGGAGUGCAACAUUCACCUUCCAGAAUAUCUGAGAUAACAGCUCUCUGAGAGAGAGAGAGGGAGAGGUGGAGGAACAAACGGAGGGACAGACAGAGGGACAGACUGAGCGGCUCCUGUCCAAUGGGAGUGUUUUUUCGAAGAGUAGGACACGUCCUAAAUGGAUCUGAAGUGAGCAAAGUGUUCACAGGGAGUGAUGUUUUCAGUGUGUACAGUGUUACAGAGUGACGUGGAGUGACGGUCUGUCAGAGUGACCUUCAGUUAUACAUCAUCAGCCGUGUGAUCAGUGAGACAGUGUGGAGAUUAUGUGGAGACGAAUCCAGCUGAUGUGUUAUUAAGGAUCAUCUGAGAGUAACUCAGAGAAAACUGAAGUGAUUCAGAGUGACAGCUGAGUGACGUUCAGGUGCCCAGCAUUACGUUCAGAGCCACUGAGGGAUCACGGCCGUGAGAUGUGAAGUUCCACCGGAGAGACAUGUAUGUGGAGAAGGUUCUAGCUGUGUUGUGAUUGAAAUUCAUCUCAGAGUGAUUCAGAGUGACUAAAGUGAUGGAGUGACUUUUGGAGUUUGUGGAGUGACUACCAGAUCAGAGACACGAGGAGAGACGUGAGGAGAGCUGUGAGGAGAGACCUGAGAAGAGACGUGAGAAGAGACGUGGGGAGAGACCUCAGGAAAGGCGUGAGGAGAGACCUGAGGAGAGACCUGAGGAGAGACCUGAGGAGACACCUGAGGAGAGACCUGAGGAGAGACUUGAGAAGAGACGUGAGAAGAGACCUGAGGAGACACCUGAGGAGACACCUGAGGAGACACCUGAGGAAAGACCUGAGGAAAGACCUGAGGAAAGACGGACAUCUCCAGGACAUUAAGUCUCAUCACUAUGCAGCUCAUGCUCUCCUUCUGCAGUGCCUUAUGAUGCACAGAUGGAUAGUGGUGUGGAAACGGCCAGACCUGCUGUGUGGACUUUACCUGCGAGUACUGCUGUGGCUAGGUGGAGUAGGAGUGGCCUGUGGAGGGGGUGUGGCCUCGACUGAACCCUCGACCAUGUGUGACUGCAUCAAACAAGAACGCUAUGCUCGAAACUAUGACUACAUGGAGGGAGGAGACGUGCGGAAUCGCCGGCUGUACAGCCGCACGCAGUGGUUCCUCACCGUCGACGAGAAUGGCAAUGUCAAUGGCACACAGGACCCCAACAACUGCUACAGUAUCCUGGAGAUCCGCACGGUCUCAGAGGGGGGCAUCCUGGCAAUCAAAGGAGUGAAGAGUCAGUAUUACAUUUCCAUGAGCAGAUCUGGAAUUCUCCAAGGCAAGAAAGAGUACAGUGACAGCUGCAAAUUCAAGGAGGUGUUUUUAGAGAACUUCUACACAGCCUACAUGUCAGAGAAAUGGAGUAAAAAUGGGAAGGAUAUGUUCAUCUCUCUGUCGCAGAAGGGCCGGCCGCUGAGGGGCAAAAAGACUCGCAAAGAGAGCAUCGCCUCACACUUCAUCCCUCGCACAUGCAAGGAGGACGACAGGACGCCGGCCUGAACACACACACACACAGAAAAAGUAUCUAUUUAAAAUCCACAUCACUGAUGUGUUGCGUGUGUGCUGUUCCUUCCAGACAGAAAUGGAAAAUGUUCUUCCAUUUAAACACAGACUCCAAACACGAUAAAAUUCUGAAUAAACAAGAUGAAGUGUGUGUGUGUUGGAUGCUUGUGUGUGCAUAUGUGCGUGUGUGUGUAAGUAUGAGUGAUUGUGUGUGUGUAUGUGUGUGCCUGUGUGUGUGAGUGCAUGUGUGUGUGCCUGUGUGUGAGUGUGUGUGCAUGUGUGUCUGAGUGGGUGUUUGUGUGUGUGAGUGUGUUUGUGUGCGUGUGCAUGUGUGUGCCUGUGUGUGUGCCUGUGUGUGUGUGCCUGUGUGUGAGUGUGUGUGUGUGCAUGUGUGUUUGUGUGUGUGUGCCUGUGUGUGCAUGUGUGCGUGUGUGUGCCUGUGUGUGAGUGUGUGUGUGUGUGCCUGUGUGUGAGUGUGUGUGUGUGUGCCUGUGUGUGUGAGUGUGUGUAUGUGUGUGCCUGUGUGUGAGUGUGUGUGUGACUGUGUGAGUGUGUGUGGGUGCCGGUGUGUGUGUGCCUGUGUGUGAGUGUGUGUGUGCCUGUGUGUGAGUGUGUGUGUGUGCCUGUGUGUGUGAGUGUGUGUGUGUGCCUGUGUGUGAGUGUGUGUGUGUGCCUGUGUGUGUGAGUGUGUGUGUGUGCCUGUGUGUGAGUGUGUGUGUGCCUGUGUGAGUGUUUGUGUGUGUGUGCCUGUGUGAGUGUGUGUGUGUGCCUGUGUGAGUGUGUGUGUGUGUGUGUGUGUGUGAGCAGAUUGACUUCAGAUUCUACUGUAUUCUGAUUUAUCUUAUCUUAUAGUGUUUAAUGUAAUAAGUGUUUAAUGUAAGUUAUCUUUAAUAAUUAAUAACAAUGACUUCAGAACUUCGGUGUCUGUCCUGAACUCCUGAUGUGUGUCACUUUAUUAAACACUGGGGUUUGGGAUGCAGCCGAGUGCCAGUUAUAUAACACUGUUACAUAAAGCCGCAGUCGUAAAUAUUAUGAUGAUUGGAUCAGGAGAGUAAACAGUGGAGUCGCCGAGGCGCAGGUCGUGUUCAGUGAAAUGAUGAGCUGCGGGACGGUGUGCUGCUGCAUUCACGUGUGUGUUAUAAAGCUAACAGACGGAACAGACACACACACACACACACACACACACACACACACACUACAUGAACGCAUCUCUCUUUACUGCUCUGUGGGUUUGUGUAUGUUUAAUAAAACUAACUAGACACAUUUUGUACGUGUUUUAUUAAAAGCACAUGAACAUGCUAACGGCCCUCACUUUACUGUGGUGUGUUUUCAGCAUCUCAGCCUACUGUAAAGUUCCUGUGUUUGUUUAAAGAUUGUUAUUUAUGGGUUCUAUUAUAUUCUGAAUAAAUAGCCUGAAAGAAGGAUUAACAGCCGGACGGAUGGACAAUCAGACGAGACGUGGAGUAUAAACUGACUGACGGAUUUGUGGCUGAACAGACGGAGUGAUGGACAGAUGUAUUAAUGUGAACUGAUAAACUGAAGCAGAUCUACCCAUGUCACCACCAGACAUGCUGCUACCACUCUCUGAUAACUGCCACACCCACUGGAAGCCCCGCCCCUUUCUCACCUUCUGACAUCAGUAAUGUUUUGACUCCACUCUGUUUCCCUGUCUGAAAGAUGAUCUGAUGUGGCGUCCUCGCUCUCUGUCACAGGAAAUAGAGAAUGUUUUGUGGUUUUU